AUGCGGAUCCGUUCUGCGGAUCCGCCGCGAAUCUCCGGGCGGAUCCGCCGCAUUUGUUGGCGAUUUUUGCCCUCUCCCAAAGUAUCUGACACUGUUGUAGAGCCCUACAAUGCCACACUAUCACUCCACCAGCUGAUUGAGAACACAGACGAGACAUUCUGUAUAGAUAAUGAGGCUCUGUACAACAUCUGUUUCCGCACCCUUAAGUUCACCACACCCACCUACGGUGACCUCAACCACCUGGUGUCCGCCGUCAUGAGUGACGUCACCGCCACCCUCAGGUUCCUGGGACAGCUCAACGCUGACCUGCGUAAACUGGCAGUCAACAUGGUGCCCUUCCCCCAUAUGCACUUCUUCAUGCCUGGCAUCGCCCCCCUCACCAGCAGAGGCAGCCAGCAGUAUACGUCCUUCACCUUCCGCAUGCUCACAACAGCACAGCCAUCCAGGAGGCGCAAGGCUUUUCUGCACUGGUAUGUGGGAGAAGGCAUGGAAGAAGCCGAAUUUGCAGAGGCCGAAAAGAGCAUUAUUGACCUGGCUGAGUAUCAGCAGUACCAGGAUGCCACUGGAGAUGAAAGUGCAUAA